AUGGGGCCGAGGAGUCUCCGCGCCCUCCUCCUCCUCCUGCUGCUCCUCCUGCUGCAUCUGGUGGCGGGCGCUGCGGAGCUGCGGAGCUGCGAGGAUGCCCGGAAAGUUUUCCAGUUGCGGCAGCUCGGGCCCCUCCGGGGCUUCCCGCAGGCGCCGCGGGCAGGAGUUGAUCUCCAAGUUUGUUCUUCUAAAAAUCCAACAUGCUGUACCAAAAAGAUGGAAGAAAGAUAUCAGACUGCAGCAAGGCAAGAUAUACAGCAAGUCAUUCAAGCAACAAGUGCUACAUUAAAAUUUUUAAUAUCUCGUAAUGCAGCGGCUUUUCAAGAAACCUUUGAAACGCUGAUCAAACUAGCUGAGAAUUACACAAGCACACUCUUCUGCAAUGCAUAUAGGAACAUGGCUGGUGAGGCUGCUACACACAUUCAGGAGUUUUUCACUGAUGUUGGGCUCUUCAUAUUUGGCACAGAUGUUAGCACAGAGGAAUUUGUGAACAGAUUUUUUGACACCCUCUUCCCAAUAGCCUACAGUCACAUGAUUAAGCCCGGUCUGACGGAUGUUUCCCUGGAGUAUGCCGAAUGCCUGCGAAUGGCRACGAGGGAUAUCAGGCCCUUUGGCAGCGUUCCCAAAGUAGUUGCAAGGCAAAUGGGAAGAUCCCUGUUGCUCAGCCGGACUUUCUUGCAGGCUCUUAAUCUGGGCAUCGAAGUAAUCAAUACGACGGAUCACCUGCAUUUCUCCAAGGACUGCAGCAGAGCGUUGCUGCGGAUGCAGUACUGCCCCCAUUGCCAAGGGCUGAYGUUGAGUAAGCCGUGCAUGGGCUACUGCCUCAACGUGGUUCGGGGUUGCCUGGCCAACCUGGCAGAAGUGGAUCUUCACUGGCGGGGGUAUGUUCAGUCCCUGGAAGAGCUCUCCAGCGCCAUGCAUGGGACAUACGAUCUCGAGCACGUGCUUCUGAAUUUUCAUUCACUUGUUAACGAUGCUCUCAUACAAGCCCAUAUCAAUGGCCCAGAAUUAUCUGAACAGGCGAACAAGAUAUGUGGUCCUCCUGUAAGAAAGCCCACACAGUCACCGGGUUGCUCCUUUGAUCAGAACAAAGAUAAUCAAGGAUUGAAGAUGUUCUCAAGAGACAGUGAAGAAACCCUUGCCAACAGAAGAAAGUCAUUUAUCGGCCACCUCCGUCUCUACAGAGCUUUCUAUGGUGGCCUGGCUGAUCAGCUGUGUGCCAAUGAGUUAGCAGCCGCUGAUGGACUACCAUGCUGGAAUGGAGAAGAUGUUGUAAAAAGCUACACUCAUCGUGUGGUUGGCAGUGGAAUCAAAGCUCAAUCUGGGAAUCCAGAAGUAAAAGUGAAAGGAACAGAUCCUGUAAUAAGUCAAAUUAUUGACAAGCUGAAACAUGUUAUUCAGGUGAAUGUUGGAAGUAAGUCUCUGGCAACUGGGCCAUCUGUACAUCUAGCCACAACUACAGGACAAAAACUUGACCCUAUAGAAAUCAACAGUUUUGCAGAUUCCAUAUUUCAGUCAGAAAAUACAGGUUUCUACUUUGAUCUGAAGACUUAG